AGGCGAUAUACGUCAGAUCGUAUAUAACUACGUAUGCUUUAUAUAUAAUUUUUAGCGGCCAUUCGUUCUACAGUCUUAAUUCACAGAAAAGAUGCUGGAGUUACAUGGUAAAUAUGAUGCUUUUGUUAAAGCUUUUUUCAUAUAAGUAGCACGUUCUACCUUUAAAAAGCCGAUUUCCUUUCCACGAAGCUUAUCACGCUUUUUGAAAACGAAAACACAACGAGAUUUUCCUGGCAGGUCCGCUGCGGUCCAAAGAUUGAUCACUUUCUUUUUUUCCUUUUUUCCUUUUAACAAAGGCACUUGUCAAAGGUAAAACGUGCAAAGAAAAAAAUCAAUUUUUCUUGACUGAAGCUUUAAAAAGCCACGAAUCAACGAAGUUAUAACAGGUUCAAGGAGGAAUUCCGUUUUGGGAAGUCCUGUUUGACAAACGUUGUUUACAAGUUUCCUUUGGAGAUGUAUGUAGCGAAAGAGUUUCCUGUCCACUCACCACGACUGUGGAAACUUGCCAGAUUUAAUACUAUUUGAAAGAAAUUCCAAUUUUUACCCUCAUCAUAGAAAACAUCAAGACAAUUUGAUUGUUUUCGUGGAAAUUUCAAAAGUCUUAUUGAGAGAACAAAAUCCUCGUAUUAAUUUAAAUUGGAAAUUUCUGUUUUCACUCAUAAGACACCACGGGGAACAUUAUAAGCAAAAACAUAUAAUAACUUCAAUUUUUGACUUAUUGCAGAUUAAAGUAAGAUUGCUCUUGCACAGGAGCUGAACGUCCUAAGAAUUCAUAAUAAUUUAGUGAUAUGAAAUAUCAGGAAAAACUUGUCAGAGUGUGUGUUCAAAUUUUGGUUUUGCUUGUGUCGCCAAUGGCUGUUGUAAAAUUAUGAAUUGCAGUUUUUGAAGUUAAUAUAUUAGGCCCAAUUUGUCAGAUUAAGCGGAAAGGAUCCUUGUUUUUCUAUACUCAGUAGUUGUAUAAUUAAUUGCUUUCAAUUAGAUUUCCUAUUGUGGACAUUUUUAUUCUGUUAAGGACUUUGCAGUUGCCAGGUUAAAUCUUCAGUGAAAUCACGUGUUUCUCAGAAAUAGAUUGGCCGCAUUUCAAGGGGUUGCGUGCGAAUUAAAUGAGAUGUCGAGCCACACUUGUCAAGAUCAGUUCACAUAAAUAUGCUAGGUUAUUAUUUCCAUUUUAUUAGUUUUCUGACUUGGUAAAUAUUUCGCUCAACAGAGUCGUGUUGAAAAACAAAAAUAGUUCACAAACAAAUCUUUAUUAGAUUUUGUCUAAGCCGAGAAUUUAGGUAUGUGAGGUUGCACUAAACAGUUCAGGAAUAGAUGGUAGGUUUAAAAUUACUUUUCUUUCGUUAUUUUUGCACAUAUUUCCGUGUAAAAUAUUAUAAUAAUUUACUCGACAAUGUUGAUUUGUAAAAAAUACUCACAAAUUUUCAAUCUCUACUGUCAAGUUUCUCAAAACUGAGAUUUUCUCAUAGUGCAUUUACAUCGCACGUGUAAAGUAUGGAUUAUUUUAUUUGAUGGAUACGUACACGUGAACCGUAAGAAAUCUUCCGAUUCCCGUCCUUUUUUUAAUUAAUCCUCCCAAUCAUAGCAGUCUAGCUUUUUGAUUCAGACUUAAAAACAAGGAAAAUAGAUUCACUUAUUUCGUGCGUCAAGCUAAAUUAUGUUUAAAAGGAUGUAGUUUUUGGGAAAUUGACCAAAAUUAGAGUCAGUCAUUUGAAUUCAUUAUUAAGCUACAAAAAGGCCUUUAGUCAUUCCCAAUAACUGCAACAUUCAGAAUUUUUUUUCGAUUUAAAGAACCUAUAUUGGCUUGAAUAUAAAAUGCAAGAAAUUCUGCCUUCACAGAGGCCACCUGCAACAUGUUGUCAUGACAACCGUUUGUUAUAAAUCACUUCACUUUUUCACGCCCUAUGUUAAACAAAAUUGACCAAUCAUUUAAAAUUAUUUUACCACAUUGUACUAAAAGAGGUAAGACCGCAUGCGAAUGCCAAGGAUAAAUUUUAACUGUAAGUAACAUAUUAAUUUGCAACAAGCUUAAAAAUACGGUCGAAAGGACAUUGGUAGAAAUUGCAAAAUUUUGCUAUUCAAAUACGGCACUUGAGCUGUGAGUAUCAUUUCUCUAUUAAAACAACAGCUCAUUACAGUCUUGCGAAAGGGUAAUUGCAAUCAUGACCACAGUAGUUUGAGAACAGUAAUCUGGAAAAUCCCAAGCUAUAGCUAUAACAGUAUACAUAAAAAUUUAUCCUUCCAAUGAAAACCCAAAGAAUAUUUUUUUGUAGCGUUUUGAGCUGUUAUCAAUUUGUCGGGCUUUACAACGUAACAACAUAAUGCGUUAAUGGACUGGUAAGUCUAACUAAAAGAGGAUUUUAAAGGGAUUCAGCGCGUUAGGCUUGUUGCUCUUUCCUGUUGGUUAGAAUCAUUUUAUUUACUCUUAUAAUACGAAUUUAAAACUGGUACGUACUGUUAACAUGUUUUAAAAAAACAAUUUUUUAUUUGAAUUUAGCAAUGACCAGAUAAUACGCUCGUAAAAGUUUCCUCGAGUGUUCUUAUAUCGCUUAGCAACCACAAAUACGCUUUAAUUUCAACGAUUUAUACAGGUUAAUUGAGGUUUUGUGUAAUCAACUCUUCACUUUCAAACUAGCCCGUCAGUGCGCGCGAAAAGCACCAUUCACUUGCGUCGUAUAUACUCUGUAAAUACGUUGUUUGGUUUUUUAUCCCGAGAGUGGGAGAAAGGUGAGCAUCGGCACACAAAGGCUGGAAUUGGAUUCCCGUGAGGGAAAUAACCUUUUCUCUCUGUCCCACGCUCGUGUGAAAAAAAGGUAAAAAAUUAAAAAAAAAUAAAAACUAUAUCGAUAUAACCCUUUAAAUCCCAUGAGUGACCAAGACAGAGUUUCUCCUUACAAUAUCAAUACAAUAUCAACCAGAUAAGUGAUGAGAAUGAAGAAAAAUAUUAAUUUGGAGAUAUUUAGUUGAUCCAAAACCAAAUUCUCUAAACUAACAUUAUAAGAACUGUAUGGUUGACAGUAAGGAGAAUUAAAAAUUUCAUCUGAGAAUUAAAGGGUUAAGGAUCAAAGUGACAUACCCAUGAGUGGUUAAUCUCAACACAAAGUAAUCUCAUAUUAACAUUUAUCAUUUGUACUGCAUCGUUAACCCUUAAACUCCGGAGAUCUUAUCAGUAAUUCGUCUUACUGUCUGCCAUACAGUCCUUGUGAUGUUUGUUUGAGGAAUUUGUAGUGGAUCAAGUAAUAACCCCCUAAUUAAGAUUUUUCUUUAUUUUCAUCACUUAUCUGCUUGAUAUUGUAAUAAUAUUGUAGGGAGAAAUUCUGUCUUGGUCACUAACUGGAGUUAAAGGGUUAAGUAACAGCGUAUGACAGAGGUGACUAAUAUUUCGCCAGCACCGAGAGUAACAAGUUGCUACACCAAGUACUAUUCACCUCCCGGCAGCCUAUGAGACAAAAUCGUUAGUCAAGAAUUUAAUUUCCAACCAUUUUUCGUUAUAUUUAAAGGGAUAAACUUAGUUUUUUUGGUAUCUCUGUGGUAUAUGAUAUGCUAAAACAAUGAUUCACCUCGCAGUGUCGGUGAAAGUGGUAAACAUUUACCUCCACAUUAGUGAAUGUUUAUUAAUUGUUCCAUAGACGGGGCUCCAAAUUCUUCAUCUCCCUAUAAAACUGAUAUAGAUUUCGUUGUAAUCGUGCCCCAAAUAUAAAAAAAUUCCUGGUCCUCACGGAACGUAUGUCUAUUUUUUUGCAAAAUGAAAUCAUAUCUACCGUUGACACAUUGCACCCCCACUGCUAAUGCAAUGCUCUUUUUUUAAGUUAGAGAUUCCUCGUUUAAAUUGUGUGCCAUUGCUAAAUUGGAAGGUGAUGGCAUAAAUAAAACAGAUUGAGCGAGGGAACACGAAUUUGAAAUGAUAAAUUUGGGAAUUAUAGGAAACUGAGGAAACGUUCACAAACGCAAGGUUAGGUCCUACAUGAAGUGGCCUGUGUAGCUACCAGUGAUUUUGCAUAAGCUUAUUCCGAACGGUUUGGUGAAGAGAAAACCUUCUCGUGGUUUCACUUCGUUUUCCCAUCCUUUUCACGACUCCGACGCGUGAAAGAUGUUUGAAAGCGCACCAUAAAAAAACGCUAGCUACGUGGGUUUAAGUAAUGUAAUUGUUAAGUAAUGUAUGUAACUUCUAAUAGCGGAGCUCGCAGAGCGUAGCCCCAUUAUUAUAUAUGCAUGAAAGUUAGGAGCACAGUUUCCAAGAACUAAACUCAGUAUGAUCCAAACUGUGACACCGACAUUCCAAUUACGCAAAGUAGGAGUGUCAGGUUUAAGUUCAAUCUUCAUUUGAAAUUACAGCAAAAGCUUCACCAAACUAACUCUCUCAAUGACGUCCCCCGCUCCACUAAUUGCUUGAAACUUAUUUGAAUUUUAUAUUUAAACAUCCCUUCCUUUCAGAUAUUGAAUGACAAAUGAGGCUGUCCGAUGGGUUGUUCGGCCUCGCUUCAUCAUCGUGUCGCUUCACGACAUCUGCCAUCGGCGAGAGUGAAGACAAUCGCUGUUCCUUUAUCAGCCGAUACGAAAAAUACGUUGAGAGAAUCGUGGAAUCUUGUGGAGCCUGUUAAAACUGAGGCUGGAAAAUUGAUGUUUGUGAGGUAGGUCAAACUUCAAUAUAAAAAUAUCGCCAUUGGCUACGAAUUAAGCAUACAGCACGGAAUCAAGAUGUGAUGAAAUAUAUUAAAUUUUAUUUUCCAUCGAUAUUUGAAGUAAAUUUUCGUAAACUUUUAGGUUAUGAAAUAUCUUCCUGAGGUUAUUUUCAUUUUGAUUUUGUUUCAUCUUUGUUUUGCUUUAAUGUGUCGUGUUUAGACUAUUUGAUCUUACUCCCACAGAGUAAGAAUUUUCAUAGCUUUUAAAUUAAAGAACUCAAAGUUUAUCUUCAUACGUAAGGGAUUAAAUUUAAGGGAUCGGUUUUCGUCAUCGACAUAGCAUUAAUUUGUUGAAUUUGAGGUAAUCUUUCUUGUGCACAAGUUUCAAUAAAAUUAUUGGGCUACCUGUCAUUUAAAAUGGGGAAAAAUGCUCUAGUAACGUCAAAUUAAAAAUAUUUUGCGUCGAAAAUGGAAUCCGAUGUUUAAGGACAAAUUAACAUAUCAUGACUUUAACACUAAUGAUAGUAAGUGUAGUGCAAUUCUUGAUAUAACAAUUAAGCAAAAGUUUACACCUCGCAAGAUUUCUUGGUAGUGCACCGUGGGGAAGUAACCGGUCAGUUGUUGAAAAGAAGACAGUAGAAGAGCCAAAAGGAUCCCGUUAAAUACAUUUUGAGUGUAUGGCCAGUUUAAAUUUAGCUUUCGUGAUGAUCUUUACUUUCCGGUUUGUGCAGCUGAUGAAUGUGAAACAAAACAACUCGGAGGAAAAAGAAAGGAAAACUUCACAUGUACAAUCACGUUGUCCCUACAGAGAGAUGUUGACUAUUUUGGCGUGAGAGAUUUCAACAAAUAUUUAAAACCAAUCAGCCAGACAUUUGUUGAAUGCUCAGAAGUUUAGCUAAGAUUUUUUUCAUGUUUAUCUUCUGAAAAAUCACUUAAUUCCUUUCAGAUUUUUGUUGCUUCUGAGGUUUUCCUGCCCCAGAAAACCCUUAUUUUGAUGUUUGAUAUUUGAUUUUGAAGCAGUUACAAAAGUUAAUUGUUUGAUUUUUUUUGAUUAUCACACAUCCAAACGUCUAAGACGUGAAAAAGGCGUCAGCUCCGACGAACCGGGGUUUCUAUUUCUCAGUAUCUUCAUGCGAAGGGGGUCUGACGGCUCAAUGACGAAGUUUACCUUUUCUAAAAACUAUCGUGAUCCAGCUCAUUAACCCUCCGUCUUCCAAGAUCUGAUUACCAAUUCUCCUCUCUACCUGCUUCCCAUUUCCCUAUAAAUUAGUUACGAGAAUUUGGUGUCGGAUGAAGAUAACAACCUCUACCUGAUGAGUUUGGGUAUUCUCAUUACCUGUUUGCUGUAUAAUGUAAGUGGAUGUUCUAGGGAGAAGUUAGAUGUUUAUCAUCUCUGAGAGUUCAAGGGUUAACCAUUUAAUUUACCAUGCAUAUUAAUUCUCAGGCUUUUUGAGACACAUCCAAACAUCCAGGACACGUUUCCGACAUUCAAAGGCGUCAGCUUAGACGAACUGAUGAACUCUCGGUCUUUGUAUCUCCAUGCCAAGCGAGUUAUGACUGCUGUUGAGAAUGCUAUCAAUGCAUUAGAUGAUGGUGAAGUCUUAACUGAGAGUCUCACAAGCCUGGGACAAAGACAUCAGGCUUGGUCUGUUACGGAAGACCACUUUGCGGUAAAUUAUCAAUUCAGGGAAACGGUUAAAAUGUGUGCAAUUCGACUAAGUGUCCUGAAUCGCAGAACCGGAGAAAUUACAAAAGCUGAGAAUUCAAAACAACUGAGAAUUCUAAGUAAAGAAGAAACAAACUGUUUGAAGCUUGCGAGAACGCACUAGCUUGCAGAGCUGGCGUAAUUUUGGCGAGCGAGUGCUUAGUAUUUUCUUAACGAAAAUUAUAGCCGCCAUCUUGGAUUUUAAUGGCAGCGGAAGGCUGGGGAGAGAAGGAAAUUUGUACCAAGGGGACGCUCGUCGGAAUUUAAGGAGAGGGGUAGGGUUGGGCAAGUGAAUUAGUACGCGCGCAUUUGAUUGAUUCUUACUUAAGGUCUAUUGCAGAAGAUGACGUCAUCAUUAACAACAUUUUGCUUUGCUAUCAUUUUAAAUAAAUAGAUUCCAUGCCACCUCAGGUCUGUACAGUAACAAAUCAAAGGAGACGUCAAAAUGUGUUACGAACAUCAUUGACAUACUCGGCUGUGUCUAGUGUGCCACUUUUGGUUUUUACCACGUUUUCACUUCAUCUGUGAUCUGUUACUCCACAGACGCGCGGCAACAAGGAAUCCAUUUGUCAACUAUUUUUUCGAUUGGUCGAAUAACGGGCAAGAGUUUUUAGAAUAAUUAUGGAGCGAAUUAGAUACCAACCGAUGCAUUGCUGCAUAAUCUUCGAUACUCAAGCAUUUGCUUUCUUAAUAACAUUUUUGAUCAUUUUUCCUAUACCUAUGAAAAAGGACUGCGCAUUCGACGUAUAUUUAACAGACGUUUCCAAAUCAUUUCUGGAACACUAGAUAUGAUACCUCACACUGAUGUCAUAAGACUAUUUCCGAUGAUUCACGAUUAUUUCCGACGCGUUUUCAUUUUUGUUUCGUAGGUUGUUGGUGAGGCUCUAUUGUGGACUUUGCAAGACAUGCUUCAGUCUAAAUGCACGAGUCAAGUGUUAGAGGCCUGGACAGAACUGUUUAAGUUCAUAACAAAAACGAUGUUAGGCGGGAUUCGCUCAAACGAAGCUGGUGACGAAAAAUAAUAUUUUUACUAGCAUCGUACUAAUUUCCGGAUAGGCAUUUUGCACACAGUUUCAACGAAAGAGGCUGGAAAGUCAACUUUGGCUUUACACUUUUUCAUAACAAUUGAACUAGUUAACAAGAG